AUGGCAUCAGUCGACCCUGUUCCUGUCCCGUUCACGUCACAGCCAACUGCCACUGCAACUCCUGCGUCAGCAGCAUCUCGCUCAAACUCCCUACCUGCUUCUGCUACUGCCGCGCUUCCACCUUUGACAACGCCAUGGAGCAGCCCUCAAAGCUGCACGUGGACCUAUGUUGUCGACCAGCCGGACGAAACCGCUGCGUUGGGUGCAGUCGCCUUCUUGGAUCUCGAACCCAUCCCUGGCGACAAAACCCUGUCUUGUUAUCCCGGCAACAUGUUCUCCCACGGCCGCACUGGGGUAUUCAGUCCUGGCUCAUGCCCUGACGGAUGGACUACGGCGUCUCUCUUGUCAAAUACAGACACGGCUUCGAUUUCUGCAACAACAACAACAACAACAGCAAUUUGCUGUUCAUAUGGAUAUACUCUAAGCGGAUCAGCAUGUCGACGCUCCGUUGCCACCGCUCUUGCCGUACCAAUCACGUACAACACCACUGCCGGCACCUACAACGUCAUGACCCAGUCUACCACAACGCUGUAUAGCGCAGUGCUUGCUGCUAGUACCAUUCAGGUCCUCUAUGGAGCGGAAGAUAGGAAACAGCUAGGGAUUGAUAUUAUCCAUGGACAAGAUCAUGUCCAUUUCAUGUCAACAUCGACCCGUAUCGGUGUUUCGGUCGGCGUUGGGACUCUUGUAUUGUUGUGCUUGGGCCUAUUCUAUUUCGCUCUCACCAGACAUCGGCGUCGUCGAGAAGGGUUGACGGAAGACCGGUUGAUGCGAGAUUUGAGAAGUCUUCAGGGUCAGCAUCCAUCGUGGGACAAACCAUGCACAAGUCGUUUGAGCAUGUCAACAGCAGAUGCAAGCAUUCAUUCCCUCCACGAGCAACACCAACCGCCGCCACCUGCCUAUGACCCCAAUCGGGCAGGAAGGGCGCCUGGACACGGAAACACUGAUUAUGCAAGGGACCGAGAUGGCGAAAUACGAUUACUUCGCGAACAAAAGGCCAUGAUACAACGACGACUCGAGGAACUGGAAAUCGGCAAGGUCUCUCUAGGCGAACCGCAAGCUCGAGCGAGGUGA